AAUACGCAUGCGCAGAAUAUUUGUUCACGGAAGUAAUAUGCACGUGUAGGCAUUUCAAAAGUAGUCUUUGAAGAGAUUUACAAAAUAAAUCAUUAAUAAUUCCUAACACAUCUCUUUAACGAUGGCCGCAAAAAAGCUAAUAUUUCCUAUUUACCAGCUGGGAAACCCUCAGCUGCGAAUCUUCAGACCCAACUGGAUCCUGACUUUAGUAAGGCCGGGGAAAGAGCAGCCUCCUGACACCGUACAGUUUCGCAUCCCUAUGGUAAUGACCAAAUGUGAUGUGAAGAACUACUUGGAGAAUAUCUACAACGUCCCAGUGGGGGCAGUCCGUACCAGGAUACAGUAUGGCACUAACAAGAAGAGGAACCACUUAAAUCAGAGAGUCAAGCAGCCUGAUUAUAAAGUAGCUUAUGUUCAGCUGGCUAAGGGCCAGACAUUCACUUUCCCCAACAUCUUCCCAGAGAAGGACAUCACACCAAUGGAGGGCUCCUUGGACGAGGCUCAGCAGAAGUUCAUGGAGGAUGAAAGGCAGAGGCAGAAACCUGACCCCAGAAGAGGAGGGGUCAGUGAAUGGUUUGGACUCUGAAAGAACCCACUGACCAGGAACAACACCCCCCACCCCCCAAACAUGUAUGUUUGGCUGGGAGCAACAUGCAUGCCUUCAUUUAUAGUUUGACUGUUCUGAUGCCACUUGUGUUUCUGGAAGAGGCCUUCAGAAGUCUUGAGUCCAGAAGAAGGAACAUGUGUGAUUGAGGCUGCAGACAUGUGUUUGCUGUGCAAGUUUGCGAGGCGGCAGUCCAAUAACCAAAGCCAGAAGAGAAUCGCAGGAGGAGGAGAGUGGCUGAACUCCAUCUUUUAAGAGACCAGCCCAGUGUACAGAAUCUCUGUCACCUCACAUGACCUCUUCUGCUGCUGCUCUGCCUCCUCCACCUUCACAUUUACCCUCAUUUUCUCAUCUUUUUCUCUCAUUUUCUCCUCCUGGUGCCCAUCAUCCCGAUGUGUCACUCUUUGUCUCUCCUCUUUGGAUUUUCUUCUCAUCCUCUUUCACCUCCUCUCCUGUCUCUCUUUUUUCCCUGCUGCUCUCCUCUGUCUCUGCUGUGCUGAAGAUUGGUAACAUGAGGUAUCCCUAGCCGCCUUGACUCUCAGCCAGUUGGACCAGACCAUCUGGAACCCCCACAUUUACCCUCUUUUAUGAGUUUGCCUUGAAUUAAUUGACCACUUUAGAUAAACAACAGCUGAGAUGUUGUCUGAGUAAAGCAAUGGCAUGGAUUUUGUUGGAGUGUUUUUUAGUGUUUUAUGGUAGCACCUCUUGCUGUAGCUCUCAGAGAAAUAUUGCAGCCUGCGUUUAUGUGUUAGUCCAGUAUGUGGGAAUUGCCAGUGAAACUGUCUGAUUAUAAGUGCCGCUGUUGGAAUAGAACUAAUAAACUAUCACUCAUCCAGAA